AAUAAUACGAAGAAGAACAACAACAGAUUCUUGAUUAGCGUCACCGUUCCUGGCAGCUUCGGGCCGAUAAGGUUUCUGGCAAACCACGACGACACCGUGCUGGCCGUGAUCCGCGGCGCCCUGAAGCGUUACGCGCGAGAAGGCCGCAUCCCGGCCAUUGGCUCCAACGCCCAUGACUUCCUUCUCUACCGCGCCUACACUGGUUUCAAUGCACUGAAUCCCGGGGCAGCGAUCGGAGAGUGUGGAGGGUGGGAUUUCUUGCUAUGCAAGAAACAGCGGCCGGAGAUGGGGAGGGUUGAAGUCGUGGGUGAAGGCAGGGGAGUUGGUACUUGUUGUAAGGAGUGGACAUUUCAGUGGUUGAUUCGGAAGAUCUGGAAGGUUUCGACGACGAGCCGUGUCGGGAUGCAGGAGGAAGCUGCUGCUGCUGGUGGUGGUUCGACAGCUUUGCUGAUGAAGAUGGUAACUGAUCCUGCCGCCUGGAAUCAGGCUAAUGGAGUUGAUCAUCAGCAACACUGCGGUUCUCCUGCCCAAGGUUGUUCUUAG